UGUAUGAUAUUGUGACGCUUUCGUGUUGUCAGCUAACCUUACAAAUGCCUGGGCCAUACACCCAGAAAGCAAUUGACAUCAUAAAUAAGGCAACGCACGAGGACACAGCAAAGAACUAUCAAGAAGCGUUCAACCUAUAUCAGACUGGAGUUGAGUAUUUCCUUCAUGCCAUCAAAUAUGAGUGUCCCUCAAAAGAUAUAAAAGAUAAUCUGAGGAAGAAGUGCGACCAGUAUCUGGAACGAGCGGAGAAAAUAAAAGAGUAUCUGAAUGGAAAAGACACCAAAAAGAAGCCAGUCAAAGAUGGAAGCUCACACAAUAAUAAAGACAAGAAUGGUGGCAGUGACAGCGAAGACGAAGAGUCGAAGAAGUUUCAGGACAAAAUAUCGGGAACUAUUCUGAUUGAGAAGCCGAAUGUCAAGUGGAGCGAUGUCGCGGGACUGGAGACUGCGAAAGACGCCCUGAAGGAGGCUGUCAUUUUCCCUGUCAAGUAUCCACAGCUAUUUGUCGGAAAGAGAAAACCGUGGCGUGGUAUUUUGCUGUUCGGGCCUCCGGGAACGGGGAAAUCGUUUCUGGCAAAAGCAGUGGCAACUGAGGCCGACAACUCCACCUUCCUCUCAGUCAGAUCUUCUGAUCUGGUUUCCAAGUGGCUCGGAGAGUCUGAAAAGCUUGUGAAGAACAUGUUCGAGUUGGCUCGACAAAGGAAGCCGGCAAUCAUCUUCAUAGACGAAGUGGACUCCCUGUGCAGCUCCCGAAGUGACAACGAAUCGGAGUCGGCUAGACGAAUCAAGACCGAGUUCCUCACCCAAAUGGACGGAGUGGGAGCCGACACAGACCAGAUUCUGGUGCUAGGAGCCACCAAUCUGCCCUGGGCUCUGGAUUCGGCCAUCCAGCGCCGGUUUGAGAAGCGAAUCUACAUCCCGCUUCCAGAGGCUCCCGCCAGGACAGCCAUGUUUAAAUUACAUCUGGGAGAUACACCGUGUGAUGCGACAGAGAAAGACUUCAAGAAAUUGGGCGAUAAUUCUGCAGGUUACUCGGGCGCAGACAUUGGAAUUGUAGUGCGAGAAGCCCUAAUGCAGCCGGUGCGGAAGGUGCACCAGGCUACCCACUUCAAAAAAGUAUCGGGACCUUCGCGAUUGGACCCAGACGUCUACUUGCACGAUUUGCUCACGCCCUGCUCACCGGGGGAUCCAAAUGCUCUCGAGAUGAAGUGGACAGAAGUACCUGGAGACAAGCUGAAGGAGCCAAUCGUGACCAUGGAGGACUUGGAGAGAUCGCUGAAGACUAUUAGACCCUCGGUCAGUGCGGAUGGCAUCCAGGAACAUCUUAAAUUCCUUUCGGAGAAAGGGGUUGAAGGCUAAAAUCAACAGAGGCUGAACAUGUUGAUCAACGAAAUAACUGUCGAGGACAUUGAUUACUGGAUAAAUACCAUGUAAAUUGAUUGACCCUGAAAUGAUAAGCUGGCCCUUGUUUGAACUGUGUAAAUGAAGGAUUUAGUUUGUCACCACUAAGCAUUCUAUAUUUCAUACUUCAUUUAAGCUCAAUGUACAAUUAUAAUAAGUUAUUAGUGUAGAGAUGAAUUUGAGAGUUAAAAAACCUUAACAUUUUUUCGACUUCUUAAUUUAAAUUGCAUAAAUACA